CAGAGCUAGGCGAGAAACGAUAGUUGACUCCGUUUCCCAUAAUGCUUCAGGGCUCCUACGUCAUUAAUCCGCGCAGAGCUGAGGUGGCGUUACCGGAGUUUCGCUCGUGUUCGGCAGUUUAUCGGUCCGAUAACGACGCGGUUCCCCCUCAGACGGUCUGAAAGCGCCGCGGCGGGACUUCAUCUCCAUCAUGACCAAACUGAUGCAGUGGCUGUUCGGGGUGUCGCUGCUGGGGACCCUGUGGGCUCUGGUCAGCUUCGACCUGCUGGACUGGAAGGUCCCGCACACGUACCGGGAGGUGGCCUGGCCCAUGCCGCUCUACCUGCUGGUGUCGUUCGGCUGCUUCUCUCUGGCCACGGUGGGUUACCGGGUCGCCACCUUCAACGACUGUGAGGAGGCGGCGAAGGAGCUGCAGGAGCAGAUCCGGGAGGCGAAGGAGGACCUGCGGAGGAGAGGUCUGAAGAUGUAGAACAUUUAAACCCGAGGAGAGACUGCGGGGAUCCUGGUGGAGGAUCUGAACUGUUGAGACCUUUCUGACCUCUCAUUAAGACUAUUUAGUCACGUGAUGCAAACAGGAAGUGUUUAGUUUUUUUCUCUUUUUUCCAGAUUUGAGGAUUUUCUUAUUUUUUAGCCCAUCAUAAAUCAGCAGAAUCCAAACUUGAUUCUUCUGUUGUGUUUUUUUGUUCAUUGUCACAAAGGCCACCAAAGGUCACGCUGUGGAAAAUUCACCUUCUCCGUCACUUCCUGUAUUCAUAGAUCUUUACGUCUCAUUACAGAUGGGUUCUGUGCAUUUAAGACUUGAUCCAUGAAUGUUUUCUGGAAAAUUAAAGGAACUUUAUUUUGUAAAUGUAA